CAACAACAACAACAACAACAACAACAACAGGAACAACAACAACAACAACAACAACAACAACAACAACAGGAACAGCAACAGCAGCAGCAGUGUGUAGGGGUGCCUUCCCAGCAGCAGCAGCAGCAUCUCAUGCCACCCCUUACCCCCCUCCUUCCCUCCCCAGAGUCCUCCCAGGUUCCCUCCAGGCAACAGAAGCAGCAGCAGCAGCUGGUUGGGCAGGGGCAGCUGGUUGCCUCACUGUCCCCCAGCAGCCAGCACUCCUACCCACAGAUGAGCCAGCAGCACCUGUCCUCCAGAGAACUGCCCUCCUGGCCCUCCAAGACACGCUCAGAGUCUAGUCAGUACCGUAGGGGGACGGGGACGGGCAUGGGGGAGGGUGUCACUAACAGGAAGAGGUCAAGAAUGCAGCAGCAACAUAUGCUACAACAACAACAACACGAACAGCAACAACAACAACAGCGACAGCAGCAGCAGCAGCAGCAGCAGCAGCAGCAGCAGCAGCAGCAGUCCCAGCAGCUGUUGUUGGAUGACUUGCCACCCCCCUCCUCCCCCUGCUCAGAUGGUUCUGCUGCCUCCCAUGUCUCCCACCCACAGCAGGAUGGUACAAGCGCAUACAUACCCACCAAGGCUGGCCCCAGGGAGAGGUAUUACUGCAAGAAGCUUGAACUACUGCCAGAAUUAUCUCAGUCCCUCUCCUCCCCACGGCUCUCUGGCUCAUACGAGGAGGAGAAAAAGGAGGACCAGUUCUUGCAAAUGAUGGUGACGUCACCCCUUGGAAGCACUAGCUCUCAUAACUCAGGAGGUUAUGGCAGCGUCGAACAACAACAACAACAACAGCAACAGCAGCAACAGCAACAACAGCAGCAACAGCAACAGCAGCAACAACAGCAGCAGCAGCAGUACCUAGGGCAGUCCGGCAGUGGCACCCUUAGUGAUCAGGGAUCAGUAGGGCAGCAGGGGGUGGUAGGGGUAGCAGCGCCGGCAGUGAGCAGCGCCACGCCGGCACAGGUGGUCCAGGUGGCAGCCGUGCCCUUCUCCCCCGUGUUUCCCGUCAAUCCUGUGGUCACCAACUUCCCUAUACAGCUGCCGGCGACCUCCACUACUGAGGGCCUCCGGCAGUCUCUGAUCCUGAGUCCAGAUCAGAGACAGCUUCAGGAGCAGUUGCGGCGGAAACAUGCCGAGUUGCAGCAGCAGAUCCUGAGGCAGCAGGAAGAGCUGCGGCAGGUGAACGACCAGCUCAUCAUGGCCCAGUAUGGCAGCAUCAGCCUACAACAGAUGUACAAGGGCAGCGUGCAGUACCCUGCCACCAGCAGCGUGGCCAGUGGUGUCUAUCAAGGUGGGGCUGGUGGAGCAGGGUCCAUGGUGGGGGUGAGCAGUGGGCAGGGUAUGGGCAUGGCAGGAGGCAUGGAGGGGCUGGCAGUCACUGCAGGACUGGCGGGGGGCACAGGGACCGUCACCUUCACCACGGGCAUGCUGGCAGGGGUGGGGUCGUCCCUGGUGCAGCCCGUGGCCAUGACUUCGCCCUCUGCUGCCUCCUCCCCAACCAUCUCUGUGUCCACCUUUACUCCAGCUCAGGUGAACCUUCCCACUGGCAACACACAGGGGAUGGCUCUGCCCUACCAGCUGUCGCACCACCAGGCUCAGGUGGUUUUUGCUCAACCCAAUGCAACCACCAACCCAUCUCAACAUCACCCCCACACAACCCAACCUCAUCCACCCAAAAAAUAACCUCACUUUUAAUCUGUUCUUCCUCGCUCUUUGUCUUCUACUUAUUGUCGCUUUCUUCUCUCUUCAUCCUUGUCUUUGUUUGUCUUCUUUAUCUAUUUUUAUCACACAGCUCAGCCUCACCCUUACACUGUUCUUCCUCACUCUUUAUCCUCUACUCCUUGUGUCUUUCUUUAUCUUUGCGCCAUCAUUCAUGUCUUCCUUGUCCUAUUUACCACUCAAGCUAACCUCACCAAUCC